AUGCACAUCCUCAAACUCGUCUCCCUCACCCUCUUCAUCACGCUCUACUUCUUCUUCAAAGACACGAAGCCGAUGCACGUCCGCCCCGUGGCCGAGCAGCAGCGCUGCAUCGACUACUGCUACCGCGCCGGCCGCUCCAAUGUGCUGCAUAUGAAGAUGUCGUGCGCGUCGUGCAUGGAGCGCAUCCAUAAUAGUGUUUGUUAUGAUUGUGCCAAGGCACGGUAUUUGGCUGUGCCGUACAAGGAGGAGUAUCAGCAGUGUUGGAGGUGCUAUAAGUAUGCUGGGUGGAACACUUGA